AUGUCGACCCCCAGCACCAGCGAUAGCAGCCACGAGCGCUGCCUCGCCAUAGUCACCGGGUCGACCAGCGGCAUCGGCAAAGCGAUCGCGGUCGACCUCGCGCGCCGCGGCUUCACCGUAGUUGUCAACGGCCGCUCCCAGGCGUCUGUCGACUCCGCCGUCGCGGACGUCAAGGCCGCGUCCGAGGCGCCGCUCGUGCUCGGCGCCGUAGGGGACCUUGGGACUGAGGCGGGCUGCGCCAACUUCAUCACUGAUGUGGAGGCCCUUAGCAAACAGCAUGAGCUGCCGAUCAACGUCCUGGUCAACAACAUGGGGAUAUUUGAGACAGCCGACUUCUUUUCAGUCCCUGACUCCACUUGGCAGCACUACAUUGAUGUGAAUUUUUUCAGUGGCCUCCGCCUGUCGCGCCACUGGCUCAAAGACAUGCUGGCGCGCGGCGCGUCUGGGCGCGUACUGUUCAUCGCCAGUGAGACUGGCGUGCGGAUCGUCCCGGACAUGCUGCACUACUCCAUCACCAAACAGAUGCAGAUCGGCCUCGCCCGCGGCCUGGCGCAGCUUACGAAGGGGAGCCGGGUGACGGUCAACACGAUCUUGCCGGGGCCCACCUGGACGGAGGGCGUGGAAGUCUAUAUCCAAGGCCUCGCAAAGCAGACCGGGGUCAGCGUCGAGGACGCCACCACGAACUACUUCAAGCAGCGCGAGCCGACGUCGCUGCUGCAGCGGUUCAUCCAGCCGGCCGAGGUCGCGGCGGCGGCGGCGUUCCUCGUGUCUGAGGGCGGUGCAGCGGUCAACGGGGCGGCGGUGCUCCGGGAAGACGAUGACUUUGAGGGGAUGAUGUUGGAUGAGGUGCAGGAGGCGGGGCUGCUGGAAAGGUCAGAAGCAGAGAUCCGUGCCUUCUUCCGCAGCCGCGGCCAGCAGCACGCAGCGACCGCACGCGGCGGCGACCGUGCGCUGUCCCCACCCACGGCGGCAAACGACCUCGCGGCGCUGCAGCGCGCGUGGCCGCCGCCAGGGGCUGACGACGUGAGGAGGUGGUUCCCUGCCCUGCGGUCGCACCAGAAGCUCCGCAAUGCCCACACCAUCGUCCUGGCUUUCCCCAACAGCGGCAGCGCGGAGGACUUGUACUCCUCAGAAGGCACCGGCGCCAGGCGCGCCCCCAGCCCUCUGCUGGAUUGGUGCCAGACCAGCGGGGCGGUCUUGACGGCGGUGCAGCCGCCCGGCCGCGGCCUGCGUGCGCGCGAGCCCCCACUGCCAGACCUCGCGGCCCUCGCCGCCGCGCUGCUGCCGGUGGCCGCGCCGGCAUUGUUGGCGGCGGGGCGCUACUUUGUCGUCGGGCACAGCGUGGGGGCUUGGGCCGCGUACGAGUUCCUGCAGCUGGCCAGGAGCAGGGGCCUGCCAAUGCCGGCCGGCGCGUUCCUGUCCGCCAUGCCCGCGCCAGACAUCCCCGAGGAGGAGCGGCCCUGGCGGCGGCAGGCGCUGCUCACGGAUGAGGAGUUCAAGGACGAGUGCCGCCAGUGGGACAUCAACGAGGUCGUAUUCUCGCCAGACCUGUGGCCGACCUUUGAGCCGCUCCUGCGCGCCGACUUCCGGCUUUUUGACGAGUACCACCACCGCCACCCCACGCCCACUCCGGCCCCUCCUUCUCUGGGUUGGUCCGUACCGGAGGCAGCGGGGGCGCCGCCGUUUGCGUUCCCUGUGACCGCUUUUUGGGGCGACGAGGACCGGCGGAUCGGCGAGCGCAUGGUGCAGGGCUGGGCCCGCUUCACCCGCGGGCCAUUUGCGGUGGUGCGGCUGCGCGGCGCCAACCACCUGUGGCCGGGCAACAACAGGGCGGCCAAGCGCGAGUGGCUGGAGAGGAUUGUGGCAGGGAUGCAGGGGACGGGCCUUGAUCUUUGA